UGCGCGCCCCGCGGCCCGAAGGCGGGAGCGAGACCCCGAGACCCGAGCCGCUGGGCGCCGCGGGCGGCCCCUCAGGAGGCUGGGAGAGACAUCUUCGCGGCGAGGGAGCCUGGUGCGGACGCGACGCGCCGCGGCGCUCGGAGGAGGGCGCCGGGAAGCGGCACUACUGCUGCCGGCGAGAGGAAGCGCUCCACCCGGCCCCCGACGGCGCUCGUUGAGCCACAUCCGCGCCUCGGCUGGCGACGCGUACAGGCGCCUGUCACCGGGUCCCUCCAUUUUGAAAAGGAAAAAAGGCUCUCCCCCCAUCCCUGCCCUGCCCCUAGGAGCUGGAGCCGCGGGAGCCGCGCUCAUGGCGUUCAGCCCGUGGCAGAUCCUGUCCCCCGUGCAGUGGGCGAAGUGGACGUGGUCCGCGGUGCGCGGCGGGGGCGGCGGAGAGGACGAGGCCGGAGGGCCCGAGGGCGACCCCGAGGAGGAGGACUCGCAAGCCGAGACCAAAUCCUUGAGUUUCAGCUCGGAUUCUGAAGGUAAUUUUGAGACCCCUGAAGCUGAAACUCCGAUCACAUCACCUCUCAAGGAAUCCUGUAAUUCUUCACUAGGAUUGGCAGGACCUGGGUCCAAAACCCAAGAAUCACAAGAAGCUGAUGAACAGCUGGUAGCACAAGUGAUUGAAACAUACUCGUCUGAGACUUGUUCUAGACCUUCAGAAAAUGAGGUACCACAGCCGACUGUUGAUUAUCACUCAUUCAAGAGUGUCAAAGAAGAACCUGAACAUGAUAUUAGCAAAAUCUCAGUAGUGAGGCCAUUUUCAAUAGAAACUAACAAUUCCACGGAUAUCCCAGCAGCUCUUGGAGCAAAAGCAGCCCAUGUAACUGUGGUCUCAGGCGAGGCUUUGCCCUCCAGCCCUCCAGAAAUCACUCAGGAUAAGGCAAUGACAGAAGGCAACAUGGGGAUUACACUUGAGGCUUCUGCAGAAACCAAUCUGAAGCCUGGAAGCUCCUGUCCAGAGCCUGUGACCAGCAGAAGCAAGCUAAGGAAGCCCAAAGUUGUCUCCCUGAGGAAGAAAACAACUGGAGGAGAGUUCUCAGAAAUGCAAACCGCUAUGGAGCCUCUCCCCAAGGCAUCAUCCAAGUUCUGUCCUGAUGAAUUGGAUGAGAACACACAUUCUUCUGUGCUAGAAGGUGCCAGGAGCCAGAAGUCUCCCCCUGACCUGAAAGAGGCUUCUGGCACUCUCAGUAGUGAUACCAAUGACUCAGGAGCUGAACUGCAGGAGUCAUCAAGGAGUUUGCCUCUCAAACUCGAGUUUGAUUUCACAGAAGAUGUGGAAAAUGUAGAGGUCAGGAAAGCCCCUCCAAGGAAACUGGGUAACAAACUGAUGCCCAAGAUACAAAAAGAUGGCAUCAGUAAGCCAGUAGGUAUAGAACAGCCUGCAGAUCCAACAGCCAGAGAUGCCUCUCUCUCCCAAGCAUCCCCUAAGCCAGAUCCUAGUCAGUGGGAUCACCCCAACUUUAAUUCCUUUGGGAGCUCCAUUCUGCAGAGCUCCCCAACCCUGUCCUCUAAGGGUUCCUACCACUUUGACCCAGAUAACUUUGAUGAAUCCAUGGAUCCCUUUAAGCCAUCUACAACUUUACCAAGCAGUGACUUUUGUUCUACCACUGGUAAUCAUGUUCACGAAAUCUUAGACUCACCCAAGAAGGCAAAGUCGCGUUUAAUAACGAGUGGCUGUAAGGUGAAGAAAUAUGAAGCUCAGUCUCUUGCUUUGGAUACUUGUUCUCAGGAUGAAGGAGCAAUGAUCUCCCAGAUUUCAGAUGUUUCUAGUGUGGAUGGCCAUGCAACUGAUGAGGAGAAACUGGCGUCUACAUCAUGUGGUCAGAAAUCAGCUGGGGCCGAGGUGAAAGGUGAGCCAGAGGAAGACCUGGAGUACUUUGAAUGUUCCAAUGUUCCUGUGUCUACCAUAAAUCAUGCGUUUUCAUCCUCAGAAGCAGGCGUAGAGAAAGAGAUGUGCCAGAAGAUGGAAAAAGACGGAUCUGCUGUGCUUGGACUGUUCGAGUCUUCUGCAGAGAAGGUUCCUGUGUCUGUGGCCUGCGGAGGUGAGAGCCCCCUGGAUGGGAUCUGCCUCAGUGAAUCAGAUAAGACAGCCGUGCUCACCUUGAUAAGAGAAGAGAUAAUCACUAAAGAGAUUGAAGCAAAUGAAUGGAAGAAAAAAUAUGAAGAAACCCGACAAGAAGUCUUGGAGAUGAGGAAAAUUGUGGCUGAAUAUGAAAAGACCAUUGCCCAAAUGAUUGAAGAUGAACAGAGGACAAGUAUGACCUCUCAGAAGAGCUUCCAACAGCUGACCAUGGAGAAGGAGCAGGCACUGGCCGACUUGAAUUCUGUGGAAAGGUCCCUUUCUGAUCUCUUCAGGAGAUAUGAGAACCUGAAAGGCGUGCUGGAAGGCUUUAAGAAGAAUGAAGAAGCCUUGAAAAAAUGUGCUCAGGAUUAUUUAGCUAGAGUUAAACAAGAGGAGCAGCGAUACCAAGCCCUGAAAAUCCAUGCAGAAGAAAAACUAGACAAAGCCAAUGAAGAGAUUGCUCAGGUACGCACAAAGGCAAAGGCUGAGAGUGCAGCUCUCCACGCUGGACUCCGGAAGGAGCAGAUGAAGGUGGAGUCCCUGGAGAGGGCCCUUCAGCAAAAGAACCAAGAAAUUGAAGAACUGACAAAAAUUUGUGACGAGCUGAUCGCAAAGCUGGGAAAGACUGACUGAGAUUCCUCCCAUUAGCUCAGUAGCUCUGCAUUUGGCUGUGUCUUUUGUGACCACAGUUACCUUGCCUUAUCCAGGAAUAAUCACCCCUUUGCAGAGAAAAAAAGAAAAGAAAAAAAAAAGCACAUGCCUCCUGCUGCCUGUCCUGCUUUGCUGCCCAUGCAAUAGCUCUGGAAGACCCUGGAGUCCAGUCUGGUCAGGAAGGAAGGAGGGUGACCUGACUGUGCCCCAGUCUCGCUGUCCCCGGCUGUAGGUUGAGUUAGGUGCUGAGUCUGGGUUUGUGAUUUCUCUGUCUUUAGUUCGUCCUAACAUCACUUUUACUUUUCCUAAGUUUGUUAAAUUUCCAAUUUUAUGACUACUUGUUGGGGCUCAUCUUCUCCACUGUUUGAUGUUUUGUGACCUAUUUAAUCUUUUCAUUUUCAUUGUUAUCAGUUUUAUUGAAGGAAAUAAUUUGGCUUAUUGUUAUUUCCUGUUUAUAAACAACAAGGGGCUCUGAGUACCCUUUUUAUACAUACUCUUACCCAUACAUAUAUAUCUAUAUAUGCUGCUUUUUCCCUAAAGCAUAGUCAGAUGAGAAUGUCUCUGUAAAAGAACGUGUUUCCUUCAUAUAUGUAAGACCCUACUUUGAAACAAGGUCCUGGUUCAAACGCCAACUUAAGCAUUUGGGUGCUGAGCAUAGUUGGCAUGCACUUGUAGUCCCAGAUACUCAGGAGGCUGAGGCAGGUGGGUUGUUUUAGCCUAGGAGUUCAAGAUCCACCUGGGCAACAUAGCAAGACCCUGUCUUUAAGAAAAAAAGAAAGAAAGAAAAAGGCAGCAGUGGUGGUAUCCUUCUGUAAUCCCAGCUCCUAGCUACUUUAGGCAGAGGCAGGAGAAUUCCUUGAGCUCAGAAGUUAUAGGCCUAGCAAGCCCAGGCAAAGUUAGUAGUACUCUAUCCCAAAAAUACAAAACAAAAGGUCUGAGGGCAUGGCUUAAAUGGAGCACUUGCCUAGCACAUGCAAGGCUCAGGGUUCAAUUCCCACUACCACCUCUCCCCGCCGCCAAAAAAAAAAAAUGGUGGAUUGAGGAUGUGAAUGCCACAGACUUUGGCAUUCACAUCUGGGGAAAAGUCUUUGCCCUGUUGGUAUUUGGACACCCCUCAGCUCUGACAGGUAUGGUUCUUGAUCCUGAGAUGACAAAUAACAUCUGUAUUGAGUAGUGUGACCUCCUUCGGAGCUGGGCUUUGACAUAUCUUCCCUGGAGUUAUUAGUCUCCUCUGCUUCAAUUUAUUGAUACAAAAUCAACAGCUCACCUUCGUUAUCUAUUUGAAAUAUAUAAAGGAAACUUCAUUGUGAAAAGCUUAGAAGAUCUUAUCUAAUUAAAAGAUAACUGCAGCCCAUUACCAGUUACAAGAUAUAGGAGCAGUGUUUUGUCUUUGUAGGUGUGGUACAUUGUUCUUCAGAUGUUAUGAUAGAGGGGGAAAGGCAGCAAAUGCUUUCAGACUUAUGAUGGAAUUUUUGACAAAACAGGUAGUAAAAACCACGUGUCCCACUCCACAAAUCAGCACAUUGGGAAGUGUUUAAACAAAGACAGUUUGAAUAGUGGAGACAGGAGUGCAAGAGCAAGCCCAAACAAGCAAAACCAAACUCUGCCAGCUCAUACUAGACUCUUUUCCCAAAAUGGAAAUUUCCUACAUAAUGCCAGUGAAUUCCCUUCCAUUCCAGAGGCAAAACCAAAUCCUCUCUUCUGUCGUAAUCCUACACCCUGAAAGUCUUCAAGGUGAUACGCACUGUAUUCAGUACAUGUGUGCUUCCCUGCUUCUCUUGUAAAACUGUUGCAUGAGCCAAGCUCAGCAGUGAAUUGUGCCUCGUGGAGAACCUCUGUAGAUCUUACAGAUGAGUAUUUCUUUAGCAGUGUUUUACUCAUGUGGGUGCAAGUCUUUAGCACCAGGGAAGUCAAUAAUGUCUUUUCAAGCCAGAAGUCAUAUUUUACCAG